CCAAGACCAUCUGGUCUCUCGCACCAACACCGGCGAGCCGAUGAAGACUCGGUUGCUGCGAGGUGUGCUGCUUGCAGGGAUCUUCUGCGGUUGGACAACUGUUGCUGUGGAUGAUGUACCAACGGCCCAUGACGGCCAAGAACAAGCCGGCGCGCCCUCCUCCUGCGCCGCAUCGUCCUCGGGGACGCUGUUCCAGUGGAACCGGGUACCGAUUGAGGCGGCGGCGGAAGGGGUAGGGCCCGAAGGUGGUAAAGAGGGCACGAGGAUGGCGCUCACGGCCGACGAAGGCGCUCUUGAGGCGCUGUCUCAGAUCGAUAGCAAGCUGGCCGUCGUUUCCAUCGCCGGUCCUUACAGGUCGGGCAAGUCCUACUUCCUUAACUUCUUGGCCAACCACGUGCUAGCCAAUGGUUUCGACCCCCCGAAAGACCCGGGAAGCUUUGACUUCGAACGCAUGUUUCCGACGUCGCCCACAUUGAAUACCGAGGGCGGCGGCGGCGGCGGCGGCGAGGCGGGUCUGUGUCGUUUCCAGCUGGUGCCGGCGUGCGCAAAGCCCCUGCCCGACCAGGAGGGCACGGCCCUGCUUCUGUUGGACACGCCCGGACUGAUGACUCCUCGCAGGUCCGCCGUGCAGGAGGCGCAGGUGCUAGCGCUCCUUCAAACCGUCAGCUCGGUGGUUCUGUACAACACGCAGGCGGUCGUACGCUGGCCUGACAUCGAAGCCCUGCUAAUAGCCAUGGAUGCGGCAGCCUCCGUCGACGUGCAUUUGUCGUUGUUGAUGGGAGAUGACGACGGGACGCCGGCUGGCGAGGAGGGAGAGAUAAAUCGCCCUAGCCUCUUGUGGCUCAUCCAGCAGUCGACCAUGAAGAUGGUGGAUGGAGAAGGACAGGAACAGAGUCCCACAGCUCACUUGGAUGGCGCGCUUGGAGUCUCGGGGGUCGGGACGGUCAAAGACGCCUUCGACAGGUUCUUCGUGCGGACGAAUGCGGCUCGACUGCCCUAUCCGGUGAACGACCUCGAAAAGCUGCAAGACCUCGACCGCAUGCGCUACUCGGACCUAAGCGAUGCUUACCGAGGGGAUGUGAAGGCAGCGGUGGACGUCAUUGUGCCGGAGUGUGCUCCGAAGGAGCUCGGCGGGAAGACAAUGGACGGCACCGCUCUGGCAACGUUUCUGCGCAAACUGACGCGGGUGAUGAACGUCCCCGUGGUUGCUGGCAACGAUCGCUUCUCGACGUUGUUGGACGUGCUAGAAGCGGGAGAGCUGCGAGCCGCCGAAGCCGCGUACAGGGCUGAAUGGGAGCGUGGCGAAAACAACUACGAAGGCUUGCCAACCGGAGCGGAGAAUCUGAAGGCCAGGCACAACGAGUACGUAAGGCGCGCCGAGCUUGUGGCGGACCCUCGGUCCUCCUCCUCUUCCUCUUCCGGUACUGGGGGGGGGGCGGGGCAGGACGGAGAUCAAGCGGGCGCGAGCGACGUCCGGUCCCUGCGACGGCCGGGAUUUGUCCAAGCCUUGCACACCGUCUUACGCGGACUUUACUGGGAAUACUGCUUGACCAACGUGCGGCUGUGGUCGGACGCCGAGAUUUUUGGAGCGAACGAGGACUUGGGGGCGCUCCGCAGGGAAAAGCAGGAGCAGCAGCGUUCGGGGCCAGGAGAAGAAGGGGAUGGAGAUCCGGAGCUUCCGCCACCGCCGCCGGAGUACUCGCACGUGAAAGCUGUGUUCGAGAGACGGAGGCAAAGGUGGAAUGGAGAUAUUGUACCGGACAUCAUCAGUUCACACCCAGAUAUGGAAGCGUUGUUGGUCGUCAUGGGUGAUGAUUCGGCUACGCCCCGCACCGGAGAACUGACGGCAGUACACAUCGAAGCCCUCUGGCGCGUUGUGGAUAGUUUUUUGGAGCAAAGCCUCGCCACAGCCACGCAACAGGCGAUUCAUAGCGCGCAGGAGGCGUUCGAAGACCGGAUGGACGACCUCGACGCGGAGGUGCGGGACCUGCCCAUGCCGCCCCACCUGGCGGACGUCGAUAUGCUCUCGUCGAAAGCCAACACUACGGCCCUGGACGCGUACCUGGUGGUGAAGCUGGCGGUUGGCGACGAUAAGGCGAAAGAGACCGCCAUCGCCCAGGGCUGGGCGGGGCAGGCGGAGGCGGCUACCAGGAGGUGGAUAAUGGAAGCCCACGAAGCCGUUCGCAGAGCAGGGAAUGACGGUGGCAGUGGUGGUGAUACUGGCGGCAAGGAUGCGGGUGCAGGGAACGACGUUGGUGCUGGUGCCAGCGGCGGCGGCGGUGACGGCGGUGACGGCGGCGACGGCGGCGUGGGUGUAGACGAGGCCGUAGCGCUGGCAGAGCGGGUCCUGAAGGAGCGCCACGCGCCCUGCGUCGAGAAGGUCACCCUCAAGACCAACCACGUGGAGAAAUCCCUCGCGAAGUGCCGCAAGAUCGCCGACGAGGAGUGGGCACAGGGGCGGGAGGAGAGCGACAAGCAGGAGCUGCUGGACGAGCGGAAGCCCACGGUGCUGGACAAGGCCAUGGACGAGAAGGAGUCGGAGCAUGCGAACAGCCUCGUCGACAUGGCUUCUGCAGCCCUCACCGGCCGCUUCCACGACAUGUCGCUGGAAUUGGAGCUGCCAGAGCCGGACCAAGUGAUCGAUCGCCUGUUCGUCACGUUGAGCGAACAGCUACAGAAGGACUACCCUCACAGGAAGGGCUACCUGCUAGCGUCGAGAGAGCUGCAGCAUAAGAUCGAGCAACCCUUGCGCAAGGCCGUCGCAGACCUACGCACCAAGAAUGAUCAUGCGUGGACGAAGGCCUGCAGGCUUGCGACGGAGAAAUAUACGCAGCAGGCGUCAAGAGCGACCUCCUUCUUCUCGCUGGCCCCCCUACGCUACUCGGAGGCACCCCCCUUCGAGCCGGCGAGGUGUCUCGUCAACAGCAGCGGCAUCGGUGCCAAGGCCCCAGGGAGAGUGCGCAGGGCGCGCAACACGUAUCUCAGGGGCACGUGGGGUAGACGCUGGCUGGUGUGGCUCGCCCUACGGGUGACCUUCGUCCUGGCGCUAACCGCGGGGACCCUCCUGGCGGCCGGACGGCAACUGCAGCACAGGCCGGUGGCCAUCGCUUGCCUGGCCGCGUCGGGCUUCCACCUCGUCGUGCUCUGCCUGUCUGUCUCUGACGGCCUCACCUUCGGCACGCGACCUUGGCUGCUGGUGAGCGGAAUCCUCCUGUUCUGCGUGGGCUCGGGCGCUACGGUCGGGGGCAAACGCGGAAGAAAGCCGAACCGUGCGAUCUGGAGCACCAGCGGGAGGAGGGCCAAGGGCGGGAAUGGGGGGUCCCUGAUGCCGCUGUUCCAGGGCGCGGCGGGGGCGGGGAGCGGGGGCGGGAAGAGCGGGCGUAGCAACGUCGGCGGUGGUCGGGGGGGGGCGGGGGGUGG